ACGAAGUACCAACUUUAUCAGUUCUUUAUCGAAACCAACAUGGCGUCGCAAAGUAGAGGACUUUGGGAAGGCCUUCGCAAGUGGUAUUAUGCCAGAGCUGGGUUCAAUCAAUUAGGACUGCUGCGUGAUGAUACAUUGCGUAUGACACCGGUGGUGAAGGAAGCUAUCCGACGCCUACCAGAAGAUGAUUAUAACAUGAGGGUGUUCCGCAUCAAGAGAGCUUUUAAUCUCACAAUCAGGCAUAAUGUUCUGCCCAAGGAGGAGUGGACGAAAUAUGAAGAGGAUUUCCGUUAUCUGAAACCUUACAUGGAUGAAGUUGAAAGGGAAGUAAAGGAGAAGAGAGAGUGGAAUCUUCGCUAGCGUCUUCUACGGCGUCUUAUUGUCUGCAAGAAACUUGGCUCCUCCUUCCUUUGUUCUCCCUGUUUGAAAGUGUAAUAUAGUUUGUAUUUUACUCUGUGGAAAUGAAUGGAAUUGAAAUUAAACAGGAUUUUUAGAAGUUUGGGGGACUGAGAAAUUUUGUCCAUGGGCGUCAUUUUAGAAGAUUGACCUUAAUGUUGUUAUAAACUUAAGAGAAAUUACGAUCAGGGAUGUGAGAAGCAGAGUAAAUCUUCAAACAAGGUUUAUUUUAGAGAUUGCAUGAUUUUGUGUGAACUUACAAAGAAUUUGAAGUUUAAAAGAUAGACAACGUCUCUCUCUUACAAAAUAUUUCUAAAUCCUGGAGAAAGGUUCGUAGAAAGAAUCAGUUAUGGUGCAUUUAAAUACAGCAUAAGUUCUAAGCUCCCAAACCUCAGCAAGUUAAGUUUGGGUUUCUCUACAGCUUAAAACAGUAGCUUAUGUACAUGUACAUUCAUUGAACAAACUAAAAAUCUUAUUUAAACAACUAACGAUACAGAGCCUAUCUAGUGAUAAGUUUGUUUGAGCCUUAAUCUACUAAACUUGCACAUCUGCUUUAAAUUUGAUGAUAAAAUGUUUACAAUAACACACAACAAUUCUGUUCUAAAAUGGAUUUUCAAAAAAAGUGAAGAUGAUAAAAUGUUCACCCAAAUGAUUCCUCUAAAGGCAUUGAGUUUAAUAUAGGUUUUCCCAGCCAAUUAGUAGAAAUCGAUUAAAGUUAAUUCAAAUUUACAUAUUUCACCCUAAUCCACUCAAACACAGGUUUCUUUUUAGGUAUUCAUGCAUUCAUGCAUCAAAUUCGUUUUUGUGCACACAUGAUUUCUUUUUUCUCCAUCAAGAUACACUUGAAUGGGUUUUAUACAAGCCAAUACAUUUAUCAUCAACUUUUUUUUUUUAUUGUGGUUGGUUCCUUGCAAAGUUUUGCUGAGCAAAUACAAAUACAUUGUACUUGUUAGCAAGCAAUUGUCUGCUGUGCAUUUUAGUUUUCCCCCUCGAGAUAAUCAAAUAUUUUACAUUUUGGGAUGAAUCUUUUGAACGACUUGUUAUCAAUAAGCAUUGAUUUUAUGAGUGAUUAUGACAGUUUAUGUCCACUUUGUGUGAUCUUUAACACCAAAUGUUUAGUUUGUGAUGAAUAAUAAAGUAUUUUAAGUUGAAAAGAAGUUGAA